AUGGACUCUUAUUCAAACGUUGUUCCUAAUUUCAGAUUAGAUGGAAGAUUAGCUAUUCUCACCGGUGGAUCCGGUGGAUUAGCCUCAGUUGUUUCCAGAGCAUUAGUUGCUCAAGGUGCCGAUGUUGCCUUGAUUGAUAUCAACUUGGAAAGAACUCAACAAGCUGCCAAGGAUGUAUUGGCAUGGGCCGGUGCAACCCUUAAAGGUGCUCAUGAAUCACCUAUCGGUAAGGUUUCUGCAUGGUCAUGUAACAUUGCUGAUGCUGAAUCUGUUGAAGCAACAUUUACUGCUAUUAACGAACAUCAUGGUAAAAUUGCUGAUUUAUUAAUCAACAGUGCUGGUUAUGCUGAAAACUUCCCUGCUGAAGAAUACCCAGCUAAGAAUGCUGAAAACAUAAUGAAGGUUAAUGGAUUAGGUUCCUUUUAUGUUUCACAAUCAUUUGCUCGUCCUUUAAUUGCAAACAAGAAGCGUGGUUCUAUUAUCUUAAUUGGUUCCAUGUCUGGUACUAUUGUUAACGAUCCUCAACCUCAAGCUAUGUACAAUAUGUCGAAAGCCGGCGUCAUUCAUUUAGCCAGAUCUUUAGCUUGUGAAUGGGCUAAGUAUAACAUUAGAGUUAACACCUUAUCCCCAGGUUAUAUCUUGACUCCAUUGACCAAAAAUGUUAUCAGUGGUCACACAGAAAUGAAAGAUGCUUGGGAAGGAAAGAUUCCAAUGAAAAGAAUGGCUGAACCUAAGGAAUUUGUUGGUUCAAUUUUAUACUUGGCUAGUGAUUCUGCUUCUUCUUAUACUACUGGUCAUAAUUUAGUUGUUGAUGGUGGGUAUGAAUGUUGGUAA